AUGUUUUCCCCUCUCCUCCUCCUAGCCCUCACCCUCAGCGCCCUCGCAACCUCCCCUCCAACCCUCAAUACAACCCAGCAACAUCCCUCCCGCAUCGCGCCACGCUUCAUAUCAGGCGGUUUCUACGACAAAUGCAAAGACGUGCGCUUCUACCUCGCCAAAGCAGACGACACACAUCCCCGCAAGAACAGCUUCGACGGCUACAAGUCUUCUCCAUGGCUUGUAGCGAAAUGUCCUGAUAAGAAUGGAAAGUAUCUCUGCACGUGGCUGGCGUUGAGUAAGUGUUUGCUUAACUCUGAGGGAGAGCUUUACCGUGGUGCAAAUGGAAAUUUUCACGGGUCGUGUACGGCGUAUGUUGCUGUUGGGGCGGUUGAUGGGUAUUUGACCUGUCAUGGGAAUUGGGGAAUCCUCGAUUAUUGCAGUGGAAGGCCAUCGCAUGAUCCUUUUCUCGAUUCGAAGUAA